CAGAGGAAACAGUCCUGGCGCUACGUCUAAGUUAGCCGCUUGUUGAAGCUGGAAAACGGUUGCAUUCGCGUAUAACAGAGAAAUAUUUGAGCUGUCAAAGUAACGAUGUGUUCCGUUGAGUAUUUGCGAGAGUUUGUUAGCGAGAGACUAACGGCUGCUGCUGAAGAGAUAUUCGGCGUCUUUGUUAAAACGAUGGUCCAGAAUGAGGCCGAGAUCAGUCAGCGCAGACUGCAGGAUAUCACUGUGAAGUUCCCCAAAAUAAAGUUACACAGAAUCGACCUCCCACAACAACUUGUCAUUAAUAAUAAAGAUGAGGCUCUUAUAGAGCAGCAGCAGCACUGUAACCAGGAAAGGAACUCCAGAUUGGUCCAGGAGGAAGCAGAACCUCUCCUGAUAAAAGAGGAGCAAGAGGAAGACUGUUCCAUGGACACCAGAGACCAGCAAGGAACUAAACAUGUAGAAAUGGGAUCAACCACCAAUGAGGAGCUGAAGCCAAAGAAGAAAUGUCACAGAACCAAAAAUUACAAUGUGGACAUCUCUCCCAUGUCAGGGAGUCACUGUAACAUGGACACAGACCAGCUCCAGCAAUAUGUCUGCAAGGAGGAGGUUCUCGAGGACUUGUACCUCUUUAACCUGGAGAACUCUGGUCUGGAUCAACAGGACGUUGGAUCGGCUAAGAUUAAGGAAGAAUGGACGGAACUUUGCACAAGUCAGGAGAGACAGGAGCUUGUAAUUGACCAGGAAACCAGUCCAUUAACAGUAAUUUAUGAGGGAAAAAACUACUGCCAGCCGAAACCAAGCAGUCACCUGCUCCUCUCUCACAACUCUCUACAUCAAAAAAGAACGUCCACAGAUGAGAAACCAUAUUCUUGCAACACUUGUGGGAAAAGAUUUAAAUAUGCAUCAAAGCUAAAAAUACACACGAGCAUUCACACAGGUGAGAAGCCAUUCUCGUGUGACGCAUGUGGGAAAACAUUCAGGAGAAAGGAUAACUUGUUGGUCCAUAUAAGAACUCACACCGGUGAGAAGCCGUAUUCCUGCAGCAUUUGUGGGAAAGCGUUUAGAGACAGCUCAAAUCUGAUAUAUCACAUUAGAUUUCACACAGGUGAAAAGCGAUACUCGUGUGAAACAUGUGGGAAAAGAUUUUAUCAUAAAGGCAAUUUAACGGUGCACAUGGUGACGCACACAGGUAUAAAACCUUACCACUGCAAGAUUUGUGGAAAAAGAUUUGCUUGCUUAGCAAACUUGAAAAUUCAUGCAAGGACUCAUACGGGUGAGAAGCCAUAUUCUUGUGCGACAUGUGGCAAAACUUUUAGUCAGAGUACAAAUCUGAAAUUCCACACAAGAAUCCACACAGGCGAGAAGCCGUAUUCCUGUAAAACAUGUGGGAAAAGUUUCAUUCAAAUGAGGGAUUUGACCGUGCACAUAAGGACUCACACGGGUGAGAAGCCCUACUCCUGUGUAACCUGUGGUAAGAGCUUCAGUCAGAACAGUCAUUUGAAUGUCCACAUGAGAACUCACACAGGUGAGAGGCCAUAUUCUUGCAAAACUUGUGGUAAGACUUUCAGUCAAAAUAGUCAUUUGACUGUCCACAUGGGGUCUCACACAAGUGAGAGUUUUUGCAAAACAUUUGCAAAAACUUUUAGUCAAAAUGAGAACUCACACAGCUGAGAGGCAGCGCCUUUGCAAAUCUAGCAAAGGUUUCAGUUUCAUGUCAGCAGUUGGCAAAGAAUCACAUUAAACUGGAUCUCUACGCCGUUAGCUUCUUUACUUGAAUCUGUGGAACAUGCCAAUGACAGCAGAGUUUGACAGGCAUAAAAGAGUAUUUUGCACCAACAAGGAGCUAUUAGCUAAAAAAGUAGCAUAGUGUGCAGUGUGUCCUUAAAUAACCUGAAACUACACAAGAAAGUGUGGCAGUAAUAGGGUGACUGUCAAACAGCCAUUCUUAGAAAGGAACACUUCAAGGAUGCUAAAUUACCCAAGAACUAGACUGAAAAUGAGCAGCAGCAGGGCAUUUGGGGUGAGACUCCAAACCUUGGGUCAAAAGUCAUACAUGCAUACAGGAGAGGGUAACAAAAGCCGUAUGUAAAACAUGGUGGAGGCUCUGUGGUGAUUUGGAGCUGCAUUUCAGCCAGUGGUGUAAGGGAUCUUGUGUGGGAUCAUCUUAUAAACCUUUUAAAACAUGGCUUCAGCGUAUAUGUAAAUAUGUAUAUACAUCUGUAUAUACAGAUGUAUAUACCAGUAUGGUACAUGUACUGUAUUGGUCCCAGUGUAGGUCAUAGUGUGAGUUGUCACUGUGUGCUAAAUUUGUAUUCAAACACUAACUGAAACGUGUGUGAGUCUUGGAAACAUUUAGCUGUUGAAAACCUUUUGUUUCUGUUUUUUGGUGAGUUCUGAACCUUUUUGUCCCACUUUGUUCCAGACUUCGAGUAUAACAUUAAAACUUGAUUUGUGUCAAAACUA